AUGGAUAGCAUUAGUGAGGAGUCAAACAAACCAUUAGAUUUAGUUAAAAAUGAUCUCAGACUUCAAUUCGAAGAAAAUGAUGAUCUUGUUCGUGCAAUUGGAGAGAUGACCAAGCAAAUUCAGCAAAAAAGACAAGCAACAGCAGCUCUUGUUAUGGAGCGAAAUUGGUAUCUUCAAGUUAUUAGUAGGCUUAAUGACGCCGCUGCACAAGAUCCAAGAUUAGCAAAUAUUGCUAAAAUAUUAAAUGAAUAA